AUGGCGGAGAACAUCCUCGGGAUUCUCUUCGUGACAUCCUCGUCUCGGGGUCGAAAUGUCUUUCGGUACCCCCCUGAUCCAUUGUCCCCGCACACACGUCUCACACAGCCUAUCUACCCAUCCGCUACGUUCACUGCAUCAGAAGCGAUCCGAAAGAACAGACCCAAACCAACUUUUGACAGCCUUGAGGGUCGUCGGAGCAAUGGCACGUCGACAAGAGGGAGUCAUGUUCGGCUGUCCAAGAUGCUAGGCAGCGAGACAUCCCGAACCGGGACCUCGAAUCACGAUCACACCGACAGAGAUAUAGGAGAUGGCACUAGUAGUGAUUCGAGCGCGUCAUCUGGCGAGGAACCCGAAUACACAUGGACGGCAUCAGCUAAAGCCAAACGACCCUCUGUCGAACCUCCUCCAAAGUUGCCUGUGCCUGUUCCAGAGAAGGAAUCGUUCGAUUCUGAGCCCGGCGCAGUCACUUUCGAUACCGCAAACCGAGCUUCGAGAGGCUCAAGAGGCUCACGAGGCUCAAUAGCGGAUAUCAGGCCGAUCCCGGAGAUCAAGCCUCUGUCCUCUCCAGCACCCCCGAUUCCCGCCCCUCUUCCGGAGAGACAACGCAAGGGCAGUGUACAUGAACAGUUCAUAGAGAGCCAAUACAACUUUGCACUAUCUUACACCCUGGACUUUCUUGGAGACAUGUUGACUCCACCUCCUGCUGCUCGGAAUCGAAAGUUCGAGAUCUGCGUGGACGAACUGGUCUUUGUCGGAUAUCCCGUAUCGGUCGGAGCAGAUGGCAAAUGGACUUUCGCAGCGGAUGACGACGAGGUUGACCUUCGACCAACGGCCAGAGGCAGACGUAAAGAAGGCCUCGGUCAUCUUGGGACUGUCGUCGAAGCCAAAGAAUUUAGCUCUCCCGAUGCUGAUGAGUCCAAGGCUCGUGUCAAGGAUGGAAAAGAUGGCGAAGGCAUAAAAGCAGGGGAGGAGGAUGGACCGCCAUCUCUGACUAUGUUCAAUCUCGUCCUGAUCCUAGACAAGCCUGAUCCGAGGAUAUCUCAUGAUGCCGCUGAAGGUCUUGUGGCCACUACUUUGUAUGACGAGGUGUACAGGGAAAUCGUGUUCAAGUGGACGGCAGCAGCGUAUUCCCUGCAGGUCUCGGACAACUACGUCGCGAAGGAAGCGUGGGAGAUGGCCAAGGUGCGCGACAAAGGCAUCAAUGAGAACAUGCCAAUUCUCGAAUGCUGUCGCAUGUUGUAUGAAAGGUCGUCGCUCGACCGUGCUUUGAACCAGUUGUUCGCCUCCAUUUAUCAAUAUCAAAGGCGACCCAAAAAUCCCCUCUACUCCUCGCUGCCUACGACAAUCACGGUAUCUCUAGGCAGCGUACCCAUCUCCAUGAUCCUCUCAUCUCGUACAAAAGAAGUUGACGAAGCGUGGGCUCAUUGGGGCGAAAUCGAUGAUGUCUCAGAUGUUUCAUCGGAAGAUUCGGAUGCAGGCCAUGGAGACGACAUCAGGUCUCGGGAUCUUCGUGUCGAACCUUGGAAUACACUCUUGUUGAUCGAUGACGAUGCUGUCGAGCAAGCGCAGGAGAUUUCCAGGUCACUGGUCGGCCUUGGCAUUGGCGUUGGCGACCCAGGACAAGAUGAGGCGCCCCCAACCGCUGUAUUUGGUCGUCGUGGCAGCAAGGAAGAGGAAGACGAAGGACACUUGAUGAAGAGCCUGAUCGGGGCAUGCGAUGUCAGCAAGCGCCUACUGGAAAUCGCCCAUCAGCUUCGCUAUCAUCUUGAAGGCAUUGUCAUCCCGCUUGCCAGGGAAUUGGUUCAGAACAAGAAAGCCAUCCUGGUUGAUGUUAUGAACACUCGACUUAGAACAGUAGUCAUGCCCACCACCCUUGCUGAUCAUACGUUGACAAUCUAUGACUACUCUCAUCGGUUUCAUCAGAGAUUCCCACGACUACCUCCUCUACCACAAUUCCUCGCGGCCAUUUCCGCUUCGCCUGUUCAGUUCCGAGAGCUGGUGCCAAAGUCACAAGCUGGAGACGCAGCGAUACGCGAGAAUUAUCUCGAUGCACUUGUCUGGCUACUGAAGCAAGAUUUGGUCGUCCAAGUGAGGAUCCGGUGUCGAGUUUUCGCCCGACCUGAAGUCAAAGAGAUCGCAUGGCGACGACUAUGGGCCAGGCGGAGGGGAAAAUGGCUGAGGCGUAAACGGGAGCGUAAAAUCAAAUCUGCAGAUGACGAUUUGGGGACACCGAGAGCAAGAGAUGAUGCUAUUGAUCCACUCGAUGCCAGUGUCCCGCCUCUGAGGAAGGACAACUCGAACGACCUCGAGUACGAUCCAGAUCUGGAGAUGGACUCGGAUAACGAGGAUGGCGCAGAGACCAGUGACGCAGCAGAAAUCCACGGGAUGAAAUUUUCCGAGGACCAAGAAGAACCGACAGACGUCCCACACUUCGAAGAGUCAUUCAUCUUCCGACCAGCAAGAGCUCAGAAGGAUGAAGCUAGGUGGCUGCGAGUCAUUCGAGAAGGUGCGGACGAGGUUUGGGCCAGCAAGUUUGAUCUGUGA